UGAGUGCAGUAGGCCUAACUUAUUGAGGUUACACGAUUCGUGAAUCAAUUUAAAUAAUUCUGUUUACUUUACAGGCUACCUACUUGUAAUUUCAAUUUCACUCAAAAUAGAGUUUAUUAAACAAGUUAGAUCAAAUUUAAUUUUAAAAGAAUUAAUGAUAAACGAUCUGUUGAGGUUAUGUCGAAAUCCAUUUUGAAACAAUCCCUUGAACUUUUUGGGGAUUCAUCAGCAGAUAGUGGAGCUAAAAAGAGCAAACCAGAUCUGAAAAAGACUCAAAAAUCUUCACAAGGAAAUAAUUUGAAUUUUAACAAGGGAUUGUCCUUGAAGAAAACAAAAUCAGUUAAAACUAUUGACCAGAUCCGUAAACAGUACAAUAAAAGAAAGGACCACACAAAGGACAAUCUCCGAAAGUUGGGAGCAUUGAGUAAAAACAAAGUUAAUAAGGAGAAAACCACAUCGAUUUUCAAAAGAGGCAGCCGCUGUAAGGAAGAACCUGAAAUGGUGGAAAGCGUUCAAGGAACUGUGUUUACAGAAGAAGACUUUGCAAUGUUUGAACGGGAAUACGUUGUAGACUAGAGUGAGUUAAUGAACUUUUAGAAGGAACUGCGUUCUGAAGAAGACAUGAUUUAACAAGAAUA